GAGAUGCAGUGCGCGCGCCGCCCGCUGAUCGCGCGUUCUCUGCCUGUCUCUGCCUCUCUCUCUCUCACCUGCAGCACGAGGAAGCGAUCGGAGCCGCAGCGCUGGUCAGCUGCAAGCUGCUGCUACCUGGAAGACAGCAGUCACCGCACCGAGAGGCAGAGACAGAGGGAGGGAGCUCGGGGCUACACCUGGUGUUGUGCAUCGCCGGCGAAAAUCACCAUCGAACAUUUAUCUGGAGGAAGAACAAGAUCUAGCCGGGGAGUGUAAAAGACAGACAGAGAGAGAGAAGUGGAGCCUGCAAUACCCUCAGAGGCUGCGAAUGCUUGAUUUAACUUGGUUCAACAACGGGCACUCGGAAUUUGGGGCUAAAACAAAAAAAAAGUAAGAUGGCACGGCAGUAGAAAUGUUAGAAUCUGGAUAAACUUUUUCUUUGGGGGGGGAUCGGAGGAUCUCUUUUGAAAUAAAGACCUCUUAAAACCCCGCAAGGCUGUAUAAAUUUGUGCAAACCACCCUGCAGAGGAGGCAAAAGGAGGACGAUCGCCUGCGAAGCGGGUUGCUGCAGAUCGAGAACUAGUAACAAUGCUCUUGUGCGCAUUUCCAGAGGGGCAACGAAUUAGGAUUUCUUUGUCUGGCACUCAAAGCUAGUUCCCCUCUCCUUCCGUCUAUUGGGCAGGUAGUGGCAGGGAGCUAAAGCACGCACGGCGAGAGAACCAAGUUAAGGUUGUCAGAGUAUUAAUCUGGCCAGUUACCCAUAUUAUGUCCGCACUUCGAAGAAAAUUUGGUGACGAUUACCAAGUAGUGACCACCUUGUCCAGUGGCUCUGGAUUUAAUCAGCCACCCAAGAAAAAGAGGCAGAGGUUUGUAGAUAAGAACGGGCGUUGUAAUGUGCAGCACGGGAACCUGAGCGGCGAAACUAGCCGUUAUCUUUCGGAUUUAUUUACCACAUUAGUUGAUUUGAAAUGGCGCUGGAAUUUGUUCAUUUUUAUUCUCACAUACACGGUGGCUUGGCUCUUUAUGGCGUCGAUGUGGUGGCUAAUCGCUUAUAUCCGCGGCGAUCUCAACAAAGCUCACGAUGAGAAGUACACCCCUUGUGUUGCCAACGUCUACAACUUUCCUUCUGCCUUCUUGUUCUUUAUUGAGACGGAGGCCACCAUCGGUUACGGAUACAGGUACAUCACUGACAAAUGUCCAGAGGGGAUCAUUCUUUUCCUCCUUCAGUCCAUUCUGGGCUCCAUUGUGGAUGCAUUUUUGAUCGGUUGCAUGUUUAUAAAAAUGUCUCAACCCAAGAAGCGAGCAGAGACGUUGAUGUUUAGUGAACAUGCGGUGAUUUCCAUGAGAGAUGGUAAACUGACUCUGAUGUUCAGAGUGGGAAACCUCCGCAACAGCCAUAUGGUGUCGGCACAGAUACGCUGUAAAUUGCUCAAAUCUCGGCAGACGCCCGAGGGUGAAUUCUUGCCCCUCGAUCAACUAGAACUGGACGUGGGAUUUAGCACAGGGGCAGAUCAGCUUUUCCUCGUCUCCCCACUCACUAUCUGCCAUGUGAUUGAUAGCAAGAGCCCUUUCUACGACCUCUCCCAGCGAUCAAUGCAAACGGAGCAAUUCGAGAUAGUCGUUAUCCUUGAGGGAAUCGUCGAAACGACUGGCAUGACAUGCCAAGCAAGGACAUCAUACACAGAAGAUGAAGUUCUUUGGGGAAACCGUUUUUUCCCAGUUAUAUCCCUGGAAGAAGGAUUCUUCAAAGUGGAUUACUCUCAAUUUCAUGCAACAUUUGAAAUUCCAACACCGCCAUACAGUGUAAAAGAACAAGAGGAAAUGCUAUUUAUGACUUCUCCUUUGAUGGCCCCAGCUGUUAACAAUAGCAGAGGCACUGUGCCAGAUAGGAAUGAUUCUGUGGACUGCUUCAAUAGUGUUGAUGAUCUAAGUACCAGGAUACCAUUGAAACUGCAGAAGAUUACAGGGAGGGAAGAUCUACCAAAAAAAUUACUAAGAAUGAGUUCCACCACUUCAGAAAAAGCAUAUAGUAUGGGAGAUCUACCAAUGAAGCUGCAACGAAUCAGUUCGGUUCCUGGAAAUUCAGAGGAAAAACUGGUGCCAAAGACCAGUAAGGUGACCUGUGACCCAAUGAGCCAAUCUGUGGCUGAUCUGCCACCAAAACUACAGAGAUUAGCAGGUGGUUCAAGGAUUGAGGGAAACCUUCCUCCCAAACUGAGGAAAAUGAAUUCUGAACGUUUUACGUAACUUCAGAAACUUUUUGACGGACACUAAAAUCUAAUUUUUGAUCAAAGGCAAUUCUAUUGUAAUUUUCAAACUUUAAUGGGACUAAUAUACUGCAAUUAAUAUUUACAAAUUAGGGCAAAGUUUCAUUAGCACUACUUGCAUUCUGAGAUGUUAAUUAAACAGCUGCAGUGAAAUGUAAUGUUUAUUGCUUUGAUACAAGACCUAAGCCACUUUAAAUUCAUUGUAAUGUUACCAUUAACGAGCAUGUAGUAUCACAAACAGCAUGCAAUAAUAUGUGCAGCUCUUGCAUAUAGUUUUAUGGCAUGAUUCACAUUAAAUUUAUAUUUAUUCAGUAGUAGCAAAAAACAAUUAAUAAGAGGUUUUGCUCUGCCUCAUAAAAUGUAUUACAGAAUAGGAUCUUAAAGUCCAGCAGAGUGUAUUGGUAAAGAAGUAUGGAUAACUUUUGUUGAUUGAUUUCACAUUUUAAAUUAAAAUUAAGAUGAUUAUCUUCAAUACUUACAUACUUAUGUAUAUCAAAUUAUAAUAUGUUCUCUUUAAACUAGUCCUUUUCAAUGCAUGUUUUUCUUACUAAAUUAGAGAAGGCUAUAGGCAAUACGGAGCAUGCAGAGCUCUUGACAGAAAGAUUUAGCCUUAAAUGAUCUGGUAUCUUCCUGUUUUAUGUUUUAUUGGCCUCACUUUAUUUUUGUUCAGUUUUGAAAUAAUGCUUUUUCAGAGUAUACACAGACUGUGAGAGUGGUGGUGCUGGCUGCAGUAAGGAUGAUGGAAAAUGAAAAGAUGUAUUAUGGUAACAUGACUGCACAGCAGGUCUGUGUUUAAGCAUCACACAUAACACCAUUUUUCUUCAGCCUGCAUCAUAAUAUGAAAUGUAUAAAGUCUAACGUUACCAAACUAGUAGUGUCUUCAGGCAAGCAGACUUUAUGCGUAUAAACAAAAGAUUAUUUGAAUUACUCAAGGAAUAUGGAAUAGUUGUACUUAUUCCUACUGCAGCCUCAGUUUUUAGCUGAAACUAUGCUAAAACUUUCAACUGUUUAUGCUGUUUCAUUUUUACAGACUACAGUGUCCUUUGUCAAUAAUGUAUGAUAGCUUUUGCAUCAGAUUUUUGUUAAAAUCUAUUUUCCAGUCUUUAGCUACUAUGCAAAAUAGUAAAACUAGUUUCAACAAAAUUAAUGCAUAUGAAUGUUGUUAUAUCAACGUUUUUAUUUUGCUUCCAUCAAGAUGAUUUGUCCUUUGUCCAAAACUGGGAAAAGGUUUAACUUUAAUGACCUGUGUCUUUUUGUUUCCUGCUUCCAAUAUUCAUUGUUCACAUUGGAAUUCUAUUUAUUUUUUAGUUUGAUAAAUAUAUUGUAAUCACUUACAGUUGUAUAAUAGAUUAUUUACUGACAUUGUAACUUUAGAUGUAGGAUAGAUUAAUGACACAAAGCCUACAAGUGCUAUUUAUGGUCAAACUGAGAUCCCCAGCAGCAGUGAUCACUUUUUGUGAUGUAUACUGUGGAACUCCUAUAAUAAGGUAAGUGAUGUGAAUUGCAAAUAAUUUUAUUGAGGAGAAACUCUUUUGUGAGUUAAGAGUUUGGGCUGCUCACUGAAUACAAUUUAUGUGUAAAUGUGUAUACAAAAAUCUAUUUACCUAGGGAAAGGUACAUUUUAAAAAGGGCAUUUCUAAAUGAAAAUUUAUACAAUAAUGUGCUUAUAGGUAAAUUUAUAAAUUCUGUAAUGCUAGAAGUUGCACUAAGAAUCACUGCUUAAUUUAUUCUAUUAAAGUCCACAAUGUUUCAUAAUGUGAUCUUGCAGAAACAAAAAUACAUUAUUUGACCAAGAACAGGUAUAGGAUGCCAGCAGAAAGAACAGAUAUUUUAGAGAAGCUAGUAAAUUAAACAAGAGUUUAAUCUAUUUCAUGGAAUACUAAGUGUAAGAUGAAAGAAUUAUUGAGUUUAGAGUAUUCUGACUGGCAAAAUCUAGGCUAAAUCUACAGCCUUCUGAGAAGCAGGAACUCAUAAAACAUUGGCUUUCAUUUGUAAGUUUAAAACUACUUGCCCUGUAUUAACUAUCGUGAUCAAUUAUCAACUAUCUUGACCAUUUGACAUUACAAUUACUUAUGAUUUCAGUUGCAGUUCUGUAUUUUUUAUGCCUUGAAAAGAGUGAAGCAUCAUUAGCACCUCUUACUAAAGUAAUCUUACAAGCAUAAAUAAUUGGGAUCCAUUUUGACUUAUUUUUCUGUUUGCUUCCCCUAAAGUUUUAACUGCCCUGAUGUUAGUAAUGCGUGCUGGUCAUUUUGGAUGCAAUAAUAACCAAUCUUUUGCAGUAUAUUUGACUGUGGAUAUUAAUUUAAUACACCUAAACAUGUCGUCUUUUUUCAUUUCUACUGAUGUCAACAGAAGCUGAAAAAAAUGUUUAACAGAUGACUGAACCAAUAUUAUUUGCUUCAACUACAAUCCAUUAUCCAAAUUGACUGCUUUGUUUUUGAACUGCAUGUCAAGAGUUGACAGGAUAUCCACUUGUGAUGUCCGCACAUACAUUUUUUUUUAAGUCAAUGAUAGGUACCUUAGUUAAUUUUCCCCUCCCAACACAACUUUUGCUAAAAUCAUCUAUCACAAAGCAUAGUUACCCUAAUCUAGGAACAGCCAGUAGACACCGAACAAUGUAACUCAGUUUUUCUACAAGGUAAUUUGUUUAUGUAAAAUGUUACCAUCCUUAAAAAAUACUGGCAGAACUCUUUUGAAUUGGUCAUUGACUGAAAUCAUGAAAAUAAUUGAAUUAACAACACAUUUGGAACUAGUUAGUCACCGUAGAUUGUUCUUUAUCUGUCAUGAAUGUUUGUGACUAGGAUAUCAGCUAAAUUGAACAAUCCACAUCUGCCUGAACACAGUAUGGCAGCAUAAAUAUAUUUUUACAGGCAUGGUCAGCAGUUUGUCUCAGCAAAAACUGGGUACAAUCUCUUGCACCAAGACAACUUUUCAAACUUUUUAUUGUACUCUGUCCCAGAAUUUCUGCAAAUGAUAUACUGGUCUACAGCUGGAUCAGGGAAACCAGUGAAAAUCAUAUGGAAUAUGUGACUGCAGAUUUAGAAUUGUUUACAUUCUUCUUUGGGACUUCACUGGUCUCAAAGCUCCAAAGAUUCAGGGCUUUUGAGGUCCACAUUGUUGGGUUGUGGUUUCUUGCCUGGCCUUCAUUCAUUUCUUAGUCAUAGAGCCCUACUCAAUUCUCCCUAAAUCUUGAGUUUAGACCUCUUUCCUAUAUUUUUCGGCUCCAAAUGUGGUCUCCAACCAGCACUGUGCAGUUUUGGAUUUCACCUCAUACCUAGUCCCUUGCGUCCAAGUCCCAGUUUCCUUCCUUGUAUCUCUAUCACCAUGCCAUUUAGGUUUCCGCUAUGGGAGGACACCAUCUAUAUUAAAAAAAUAAGAGUUUUGCUUUGUCUGCUUUUGGAGAUAUCAACCAGAUAAAACAGACCUGCACAGAUCUUUUGAACACAUUACACUGUAUUUGUGCUAUUUUCAUUAAGUUCACUCACACUGUUGGCUUUAGUAUAACAUCCCAGGCCAAUCCCCCAGUUAUAUUAAUGGAUUGACUUGAUGAAACAACAAUAUAAGAAAUAACCAACAACAAUUGAUACAAAAUGAAUUAGAAAUAAGUUCAUAAUCUUUGACAUGUAGAUUUUUAAAAACAAUCACACAAUUUUGUAUUAAAGAUCUAAUCCAUGCAAAUUGUUUAAUCAGUAAUGAAUUUCCAAAAAGAUAUUGCACAAAAUUGUUUUCUUUCAGGUGUUGCUUCAUUCAGUUUUCAAUAUAUAACUUUGUGUCUAAUUCUGUGAUUAUGCUAUCAGAUAUUCUGUGAAUAAAGUGUACAUU